AGAAGGUAGGAGAAGAAUGCUGCCCCUGGAAAACAGAGGUAACCCCUCUCCGGUGGUACGGUCCGCGCUGCCUGCUGAGAUCUGAUCGCUGUGUAUGGCCGCCCUUCACUGCAUUUGAACGAUGGUGUCCCAAGUUCAUUUGAUGGAUAAUUUCACAGCGAUGUUUGAUGGCUCUUCCACCUCCUUGAAGUCAAGAGUAUAAUUUAGUAUUAAAGGCUGAUUUUGAACUGUUUCCUACUAAGUGAUCUUCAAAUUUUAUAGAAAUGUCACAUAAAGCUCACACUCCUGCUAAUAUCAAAGAAAUAAACCGAACGUAUGUAAUUUCUGCAUGUAAAAAUGUGAGAUCUCCAGGAAACCUAAAGCUUCAGAGGAGGGAGACUAUGGUGAAGAGUUCUCCUCAAGUGGAGCCAUCUGGUCAGGAUGUCAGCCAGGGGGAUGAACCGGAAAAGCGUCUGACUUUACAGAGACUACCUAGAACUGGGUCCAUUGAGAAGGAAGAUGCUGAGAAGACUCCAAAGUCAACUGACAAAGCCAAGCCAACACAACCAGUCUCGGCCAACAAUGAUUCCUCUAGUCAGACCGAGUUAAGGACUAAACUGACCAACUUGAAUGGAAAACUGCUCCAUCCUAAAUUUCCUUUAAUAGGCCAUAAAGCUGGAAAUCUGCAUGUGAAUGGAUCAUCAGAUUAUCUGAAGUUUCAAAGCUUGAAGAACACAAAGGGAAUUGAUUCAGACAAAAACUUACGCGGUUUGGGCCAAGAUUCCACAAAACCACCAGGAGCAAAAAACGGAAGUCUGGAAAACCAAAAAACACCCAAAAGUGGGACCUCUGGUCUGAUGAGAUCAACUUCAACUCGGGAAAAAAGCCCAGCAGUAACACCAAAACGUCCAGUGGGAACACUACCUGCUGCCCACAGAAAGGUCUCUUCAGUGGUUGGACAGGCUGAAAAGACUCGGGAAUCAAGCUUUCCAGCUGAAGCAUUGCAUAAAAUAGAUGAGACUAGUAGUUCUCAUUCUACCACAGUGGAUGCUCUUCUCACAGCAGAAAACUGUGCAGUGACUGUAGCGGUGAGAGUCAGACCCUUUAGUACCAGGGAAAAGAAUGAGAACGCCACACAGGUCGUCUUCAUGAAUGGACAAGAGACCAUCGUGCAACAUCCAGACUCCAAGCAAAACCACAGCUUCCUCUAUGACUUUUCCUUUUCAUCUUUUGAAAGAUCAGAUCCGAAUUAUGCAAGUCAAGAAAAAGUGUACGAGAAGCUGGCCGCUCCUCUGUUAGACCGGUCGCUGCUGGGAUACAACACCUGCUUGUUUGCCUAUGGUCAGACAGGAUCCGGAAAGUCCUAUACUAUGAUGGGUUUUGGUGAAGAACUAGGAAUUAUACCAAGAUUUUGUGAGCGCCUCUUCUCGAAGAUUCAGCCUGCAAAGCAGAAGGUCUCCUUCCAUUUGGAGAUGAGCUACUUUGAAGUGUACAAUGAGAAGAUACAUGACCUCCUGGUUUUUAAAGCAGAUAACGGACAAAAGAAACAACCACUCAGAGUCCGGGAACAUCCCCUGAUGGGUCCAUAUGUGGAAGACCUGUCCACAAAUGUUGUGUCUUCUUUUCCAGACAUUCAGAGUUGGCUGGAGCUGGGGAAUAAGCAGAGGGCAACAGCUGCGACAGGGAUGAAUGAUAAAAGUUCCAGGUCCCACUCUGUGUUUACUCUCAUUAUGACCCAGACCAAGACCGAGAUUGUGGAUGGGGAAGAGCAUGAUCAUCGGGUUACCAGCAGGAUCAACCUUGUGGAUCUGGCAGGCAGUGAAAGAUGUACUUCUGCAAAGACCAGCGGAGAGCGUCUCAAGGAAGGAGUCAGUAUCAACAAAUCCUUGUUGACCCUAGGAAAAGUGAUUUCUGCUUUAUCGGAAAGCUCUCAGAUGAAGAAGAAGAUCUUCAUUCCGUACAGAGAAUCAGUCCUCACCUGGUUGUUGAAAGAGAGUCUAGGAGGCAAUUCAAAAACAGCAAUGAUUGCCACAGUCAGCCCUGCCAUCAGUAAUGUUGAGGAGACUCUCAGCACCCUGCGAUAUGCAAAACAGGCCCGUCUCAUCAUAAACGUGGCCAAGGUGAACGAAGACAUGAAUGCGAAACUGAUCCGAGAACUGAAAUCUGAAAUUGAGAAAUUAAAAGCAUCUCAGCUAUCUGCCAGGAAUAUAGAUUCUCAAAAGUAUCGUCGCUGCCAGCAAGAAAUCUCCUCUCUCAAGCUUAAACUUAGCCAGCAAGAGAAGGACAUGUCAGAACUACACAGGGCUUGGAAAGAAAAGCUGGAGCAGGCUGAACAAAGGAAGAAAGAUGAAACCAAAGAAUUGCAGAAAGCAGGUAUCACUUUUAAGAUGGACAAUCGGCUACCAAACCUUGUUAACCUCAAUGAAGAUCCACAGUUGUCUGAGAUGUUGCUUUAUAUGAUAAAAGAAGGAAAGACCACAGUAGGGAAAUAUCAAGCGGAUUCAUCUCAUGACAUCCAGCUGUCUGGAGCACUUAUAGCAGAAGACCACUGCAUCAUCACAAACAUUCACGACACGGUGACCAUUACUCCUACAGGAGACGCAAGGACAUACGUUAAUGGAAAUCAGAUUUCAUCUCCCACUGUUUUGCAUCAUGGUGAUCGUGUUAUCCUGGGAGGGGAUCAUUACCUCAGAUUUAAUCACCCUGUUGAGGUCCAGCAAUUGAAAGGACCUUUGCGAAUUUCAGCUCUAUCAGCAGAAAGGCCCAAGGACUUUGAAUUUGCAAAGAAUGAACUCCUCCAGGCACAGAGGUCCAAACUAGAAGAAGAGAUUGAAGAAGCUCGACUGAGAGCAAAAGAGGAAAUGAUUCAUGGAAUCCAGAUUGCAAAAGAGAUGGCACAAGUGGAGCUUAACUCCCAGAGGGCAGAUUAUGAAGACCGAAUCAGAGCUCUAGAAGCAGUGCUGAAAGAGGAGAGUCUGAAGAAACAACAGCAGGAGAUGAGCAGCAAGAGAGCUGCUAGCAAAAUCCAGCAGCUGGAAGACGCAAAAAUGCAACUAGAGCAAGAAGUGCAAUUUAACAAGAGGAGACUUGAAAUGGAGACUAUUGCCACCAAACAGGCUUUAGAAGACCACACAAUCCGGCAUGCCAAAAUUCUACAAGCACUGGAGAUGGAGAAGCAGAAAAUUGCUAAAGAAGUGGAGAUUCUUCAACAAGACAAAACCAAUAGAGAUAAUAGAGUUCAGCCCACAUGGAAUGCUUUAAAACUUUCUGUGAUGAUUCAGGAAGCAAACACCAUUAGUGCGAAACUCAGGAAGCACACUAUAUUUAGCAGGCAUGAUAUGUCAGAAAAGGAUAAAGAAAACCAACCCGGAGGUUCUGUACAGAUCCUGGUUAGAAACCUCAAGUUAGGCAUUGUAACAUUCUGGAGUACUGAGAAAUUUGAAUACAAGUUGGCUGCAAUGAAAGAGCUGUAUGAGAGUAAUGGCAGUGUAAAGGAUGAGGACAUAUUUUAUGAUCCAGGAGAUGAAUGGGAGCAAGACAUAUCAAAAUCAUCAUCGUCAAAUUUUUCAAGACGCAGAAGCAAAAGCCUCAUGAAGAAUAGGAGGAUUUCAGGAUGUCUGUAUGAAAUUCGAGUCCAUCCUAUUCAAAGUUUACAGUGUGGACAUACGUCAGGUUUAAUGAACAAAUCCAGCAGUUUCUUGAGCAAGUCCAGUAGUGUUUGCUCCAACCCCACUGAUUCCCAUCUUCCUGGGAUUUGCAAGGAUCUAGUAGGAUCUGCCCUGGAUUUCCUGGGUCAAAGACAUGCAGAUGAGAGCAACAUAGUUGACAGUGUGAUCUUCUGUCUAUGUACUGUGUGUGCUGCAGUCCAUGCUCUAUCGAGGGCAUAUGAGCAGCAGGACGAUGAUGGCACAGAUGCCUUGUUCUUGGUUAAUCGUUCGGCCCAGUUACAGAGUGUACGAAUGACAUCUGCAUUUCAGCAGCUGGCUGUGCUAAGCAAGCAUUGGUUGGAUCAUUUACCUGAAAGCCAGGGGAGUUCCCAACUAGCUGACAGCUUGAUAUUGCCCGUUAGGAAGUUGGGAGGAUACCUGCAGCUGCUCUUACAGGGUUGUUGCUCAGAUAUAUCGGCCAUGGUUACAGAAGCAAAAGACAAGGCCAGCUGUACAGCAGAGCAGAUACUGCAGAGCAUAGGACACCUGGCUGCACUGAAUGACGCCGAAAUACAUCUUUCAGAAGAAUUUACCGAAGAACAUGGUCUCCAGAAGUCUAUCAGUGAACUGCUUUUCCUUGGAAUGCGAUUUGGAUUGGAGAGUCUGAUCGACAGUGGAAUACAAGCUUCACACUCAAUGCAAACAGAUCUGGAUAGAUGCUCUGUUUACGAUACAUUUCUUCAAGAGAUAAAGAAGAAUUCCAGUGCAUUAACAUCUUUCAUUCAGAACAGCCUUGCUUCUUGUAAAAAGCUAAACAUGGACCUUCUGAUGAAAGAGACGUCAUUUAGUGUUUGGAGGUCCCUGAGCUCAGGACUAUGCCAUAUCAAAAAUAGCAUGGACGUGCUGCGACAUAAUGUUAUUUCUAUAUUAAAAGGUUCUGACAUAGAUGCUUCGGAAGUUCUUACAUGUCUAAAUGACCUUAAUUCGUCAUCAAAUCAAGUGAAUAAAAGCCUAUCAUUACAAAUCAUUGGUCUUCCCGAGCUUCAGACCUUAUUAGAGGCUGUGUCAUGUGCCAUUCACAAGAGGUUCAGUGAGAGACCUUGUCACAAAGCUCUCAGUGUACGGUCUUUAGAGGGAUCAAGUCAUGGCAUCUUCUCACCCACCACCAUCCAGUGGGUGUAAUCCUCAUUUUCUACUUGUAAUGCUAGAGGUAGAUGACUGCUGCAGUGUGACACCUCCUUUCAUACAGGUGUUUUGAGCAGGCUUUAUCUAGCUUAACUGUGUCAGAGACAAAGUGGCCAUAUGGACCAGAGCCGAGCCUACAUUUUCUGAAUUCGGAUAGGGAAACGCAAUAAGGGAACUUUUCCUCUGAAAUUUUGUCUCCAUUCAUUAGACCAGUGUGUGACAGGCUCUGUUCACAUCCGAUUAAAGCCUUCUGUCAAGAAUAUUCGGCGGGCGUUAUACCUGAUGUAUACCUUGAAUGGAAGGCUCCGACAUGUGCCACUGUGUAGGCAUGCCCAUAGACUCCCAAGCUAAAAAGACGAAGUGCAAUUUAGCGCAAAACGGCCGUCACCGCUUAUCUUUGCUGCGAACACUGCAACUUUAUGUUCCUGCCCUGAUGUUUUAAUCGGACGAAUAAAGAAUUUUUUAUACCAGCAUUGGCCAGUGCCGCCCUUUCUCUACUUUUCCUUUGGGUUGUCCCGGCAUAAAAAAAAGCUUACUUUAUUUCGUUAUUCCAUACAGAAAAAAAGGUCUCUGGCCUCUGUUUUGUGAAUCGAGCACUAUGGAUGUGUUUUGGGUAUACGCCAAACUCAGGGCUCAAUGUGAUAUGAUCAGUUUGUCCGCAUUUCCUCAGCCCCAAAUGUCACAGCUGAUGGCACAUUUGGUCUAACCCGCACUGCCACAACACGAGUAUCACAGUAUCCAAUGGUAAUUGGGCAGAGGAAAAGCACACAGCACGAGUUGCUGUCUAUGUCUAAUCUAAGAAUAAGUACUGUAAAAAAUUUGCACUGUAUAGCGUUUUCAUGUUCUGUACAUAUUUUUAUCUUUGGCUAAUAUUUUAAUAUAUUAUCUAUAACAAUACUGGUUAGAAAUUUCCUGAGCUUUCCUGUCUAACACUCAGAUGAACCAGAUUUAGAAAUCGUUGUGUUUUGUGUGCUCAGCAUCUCUGUCCGUGACUAGCAAUGCACUUUGACCUGUUUUUUUAUUUUUAUUUUUUUGCUCAUGGACGUGUUUGUCACUUUGAAAUCUAACAAUUAGUGUAACAAACUUCUUUAAUACUAAAGGAGCAAAUAUUAUUUUGCACCUGGUGGAGUUAAAGGGGUUAUCUAGAAUUUUUAAAUGCCCUCAAACCUGGGUGCACGUGGCCCCAUCUGGAAGUUGACAGGUGGGGACUGGAAGUCCAGUAAAGACAGCCCCAGAGCCGGAACGGAGCAGGGAGGUACAGAUCUCCUCACAAGCACUGCUGCGUGGGGGGGAGAAGGGGAGGGGGGGAUUUUUUAAAAUAAAAAAGCUCCAGGAAACCCCGUUAAGGGCAGUUUUACUCAAGCAAAGUAUGACCUCAAUUCCUGCCUGACCUACACAACAUGGGGAUGUAUGAUGCCACUGGUUCAUGUCAUUAGACUCCUGGCCAGGACUCGUGCCACUAUUAUGCUAGUGUGAAACCAGCCUUAUGGGUAGGAGUAUUUUCACAUCUGAAUGGAAUUGCUAUUAGAUCAUAAUGUCCAAGAUCACAACCAUGAAAGCCCAAGCUCUGACAUAGUGUGUAAAAUGUAAUUAACCUUACUUGUCUUCCAUGCCUGCUAUUUAUACUAUGCGGAGAAUA